UUUUACCUGUAUCUUUACGGGGUCAGUAUGAUUUUCCUGGUAUAUGUCUACACCUACUUGUUGAGGAGAGAGAGGCUUAGUCUUCUCUCACUGCCCAGGACAUUCUCUAGACUCUCUGGUAGAUUCAGUAGGACAUCAUCCCAGGUAGGACCUUCUCUAGACUGUCUGAAACAUACGUCACAACUGUUUUGUGCUCAGUGGAGAUAGGGCAUUUAAAACAUAUGAAUAAUAUAACAUUCCACUAGUGCCUAUUUCCACCCUUGUCUGACCAACAAGUGCUUACCUGUACCACCAACAGCUCAGGUGAAACUCAGGCCUUUUAAAAAAACAUCCUGUUACCCAAACAUCCUACUACCCAAACAUCCUACUCCCCAAACAUCCUGGUCUACAUAACAUCCUGCUCCACAAACAUCAUACUCCCCAAACAUCCUACUCCCCAAACAUCCUGGUCUACAUAACAUCCUGCUCCACAAACAUCCUACUCCCCAAGCAUCCUACUCCCCAAACAUCUUACCAAACAUCCUACUCCCCAAACAACCUACUUCCCAAAUAUCUUACCAAAAAUCCUACUCCCCAAACAUCCUGCUAGCCAAACAUCCUACUCCCCAAACAUUGUACUCCCAAACAUCCUACUCACCAAACAUCCUACUCCCCAAACAUCCUACUCCCAAACAUCCUACUCACCAAACAUCCUACUCCCCAAACAGCCUGGUCCCAAAACACUCCACUCACCAAACACCUUCUGCCCCAAUAUCCCACUACCCAAACAUCCCACUACCCAAACAUCCCACUACCCAAACAUCCCACUACCCAAACAUCCCACUACCCAAACAUCCCACUACCCAAACAUCCCACUACCCAAACAUCCCACUACCCAAACAUCUCACAACCCCAUUCUGCCAAGCACCUACCCAUUUCCCCCCUACUCAAACGAUACUCUCCAAAACAAUACAUUUGGAUCUACUUAUUUUUCUUUCAUCCCGCAAGCGUUCAUCCAGGAGGAAUUCUUUUGAUAAAGGGUCCUCAUCUCAGGCCAGAGGUACGAACCCCAAACCCCUUCUGUCAGCCCGUGGCAGCAUCAAAAGUAACAGCAUCGCCAGCUCAUACUCAAACAGAAGCAGGAGGAGGAAAAUAGGGUACAACUCUGAGGCGUCCAAUCACACAGGAAGUUUCUAUCUGAGAGUAGGAGUUAUUGGUGAGUUAUUGGUGAGUUAUUGGUGAGUUAUUGGUGAGUUAUUGGUGAGUUAUUGGUGAGUUAUUGGUGAGUUAUUGAUUAUAGCUACAUUUUGUCAUCAUGUUGUUUUGUUUUUUAAUUUACACUCAGGCAUUUUUUAGUCAAUGUUUCAGAUGUUGUUUUAGACCAGGGUUGUUUUAAGCUAACGCCACCAACCCUGGGGGUGCAGGGGCCACCAACCCUGGGGGUGCGGGGGGUAGUUUUAGGGGUGCAGGAAGUUUCAGAAAUACAGGUUUCUUUGCAUUUAAAUUUUUUAAGCAUUUUUACAACAGGAAUGCAGGAGAUGUUUCUAAACCAAGAGCUUGUGCUGUAAUGCAGUAGGGUUAAAUUCACUAGACUAAUUAUUAUGCUGAGAUUACAAGGCUGAUUGUAAUACUAAUUAUAAGGCUGAGAGGGAUACUUCAUGUGAUGAAAUCACAAAAUUUUGAAACAUUUAUGCAAUGUUAAACAGCAAAAUAUCUUUCUACUUGCUCUAUACUGUGACACCUGGGUACUAAUAUGUCUAUACUUGCUACAUACUGUGACACCUGUGACACCUUGGUACUUAUAUGUCUAUACUUGCUAUAUACUGUGACACCUAGGUACUAAUAUGUCUCUACUUGCUAUAUUCUGUGACACCUUGGUACUAAUAUGUCUAUACUUGCUCUAACUAUGACACCUAGGUACUAAUAUGUCUAUACUUGCUUUACUGUGACACCUCGGUACUAAUAUGUCUAUACUUGCUCUAUACUGUGACACCUCGGUAUAAAUAUGUUGAUGCUUGCUCUAUACCGUGACACCUUGGUACUAAUAUGUCUAUACUUUCUAUAUACUGUGACACCUAGGUACUAAUAUGUCUAUACUUGCUAUAUACUGUGACACCUCAGUACUAAUAUGUCUAUACUUGCUCUAUACCAUGACAUCAAGGUACUAAUAUGUCUAUGCUUGCUAUAUACCAUGAUACAUAGGUACUAAUGUGUCUAUAUUUGCUAUAUACUGUGACACCUCAUACUGUGACACCUCCGUACUAAUAAUAAUAAUAAUUAAGUGUAUUUCAAAAACACGCUUCAUCCCCAAAGGCUCUAAGCGCGGUACAAGAGUAAAAAAUCUAUAAUUUACCACAUUUAAAACAAACGCAACACUACAAAAACUAAUAACAAUAUGUCUAUACUUGCUAUAUACUGUGACACCUAGGUACUUAUAUGUCUAUACUUGCUCUAUACUGUACACCUUGGUACUAAUAUGUCUAUACUUGCUAUAUACUGUGACACCUCGGUACUAAUAUGUCUAUACUUGCUAUAUACUGUGACACCUCGGUACUAAUAUGUCUAUACUUGCUAUAUAUUGUGACACCUCGGUACUAAUAUGUCUAUACUUCCUCUACAUUGAAAUUUUUCAUUGUUAGAGCUACAAUUUGUUGCCCCCCCCCCUUUUUUUUUCCAUAAAUCAGCUGUUGAAACCUGUAACCUAGCUGUGUUAUUAAAUUUCCCCUUGAGAUAAUUUACCCUGCUGAACAACAUAAACAAUAUAAUUUACAUAAACAACAUAAAAAAGCAUAAACAAUAUAAUUUACAUAAACAACAUAAAUUUUAAAAAAACACAUAAACAACAUCAACAACUCUGAAUGAUAAAUGAGUGCACUCAACCGUGUUAUGAGAAAGCUGCACACCACACAGACAUACUGAUUUAGUCAAACAAAUACAGAAAAUGGAGAGAAGAUCAUAAGACAACCAUGUUGGAUUCAUUGUUUUGAGAAGCUACUCUAAAUGAUGCAUGUUCUCUUUUUUAACACAGAUGUGGUGCAAUGAAAACGAAUUAUGGAGCUGUGGAGAUGUGGGAGGAAUGCUGAAUCUAUCUCUUCCCACGUCUAAAACACCUCACAAUGAUCAUAUAAUGCAAUUCAAUUUGUCUUGUUUUUUUGUUUUUUUUUGUUUUUUUAAAACCUGUACAUAAAUGUUCAAUAUUAAUUCUUUGAUUAUGUCCUCUAGGGUUUGGCAUAGGCAGCAUGCUCCACAGUGGUUUGAUCUUUGGUCAUUACUUUGAGAUCAACCACAUCGGCCACCCGUGUAGCGACAUUCUGCAAGCCAUCAAACCUGUGGCCCACCUGUGCUUCACCUUCAUACAGAUGUACUUUGUGUUCAUGAACUCCAAAGUAAGAUAUGAUUGUCCUAAAAUUAGACUAUCCUUCACAAAAUCUAUUUGAAAAUAAAAAAAUAUUUUAUUUGCGAGAUGAUUCCUGAAAUUUUGACACUGAUUUUAUUUAUAUUAAUGAUACAUGACCAUUUAUUUAUAUUAACGAUACGCAACCAUUUACUUAUAUUAAUGAUAAACAACUGUUUAUUUAUGUUAAAGAUACACGAACAUUUAUUUAUAUUAAUGAUACAUGAACAUUUAUUUAUAUUAAUGAUACACAGCCAUUUACUUAUAUUAAUGAUACACAAAUGUAUUACCAUUUAUUUAUAUUAACAAUAUGCAAUAUGAUACAGGAUCAUUUAUUUAUAUUAAUGAUACACGACCACUUAUUUAUGUUAAUGAUUCAUGGCCAGGCAUAAAACAGAUAAAAUUUAUUAUGUUUAGUUCCUUGGCAUUAAGACCUAGAAACAAAAUAAACAGAAACUUUUUAUUUCAAUUUCAGCUAAAAACAAAAAAUUCUUUAAAAAAUAUAUAUUUCUUUACAACAGACUAGCUGGGCCAAUGCAACCACAUUGACCCUGAGAAAUACUAAGCAUUGUUGUAUCUUCCCCCUCCCCCACCCUCGAUAUUGCUAAUAAGGCAAUGCCAUAUAUAAGAUAAAUUGUUUUUAAAAAUUGAAAUGAUACAUCAAUUUUUACUGCUGGAGUUUUAAUUGAGGGAGGUAAGCCGUAAAAACUAUUAAAAGGGCUUAAACCUUAUUACCUUUCUUGACCAGGGCAGAUAACCUCAACUAAGGAUUUAUCAUGAGAGAUGUUUGUUAAAAAAAUUCAACUCCAUCUUCUGAUAUCGCUGUGUGUCCAACAAUGAAGCUCCACAUACGUUGUCUUUGUUUCCGAGUAUCUAACCGCAAGUACAAAUCUAUCGCCUGUUUCAGAUGUGCGUCCACAAAUACAAGACAUUGGCCAGGUUCGGUCUGAUCCACAUGAGCGGCACCAACAUCUGCGUCUGGCUGAGGUCGAUCGUUGUCGAGACGCUGCAUGUCAUUGAGAUGGAGGAGAGGAAGAAACGUGAGAUGACCGUUAUGUCACAAGUCAUGAACUCUACUGCCUUAACGUUGCAAAACACCACGGUCAGGUCCCCAGCACUAACAACAUUUCACGAUGGUUGGUGGCUUCUUCAGUUUUCUUCUUAUUACACCAUUUUUAAAAAAAAAUUAUGUUACUUUGUUAUAAGAAAUACAAGUCAGUGCAAUGAAGGGGGCACUUCACUUCUGUAAUUUUAUAUGGCACCCCCACACCCUUAAGACAUCUAAGGGAGUCCCAGCCUUCAUUAUCUUUUCGGGUGCACCCUUCAAUCCUAUCCAAAGGGGCCACUGGCUUCUGUCCAUUGGAGGUGCACCCUCCAGUGUCAAUCUAUAGAGCGCCAUUAUUUUAUUUUUCAUGUAAUUGGAUUGAAGUCUGCUUUUUCUGUUUUGGAUCAUUUAUAAACAAUAAACAAGAAUGAUGUGUCAAUAAAUGUGUAUGUAGUGUCAAUAAAUAUGUAUGUAGUUCCAAUAAACAGGUAUGGUGUGUCAAUAAACAGGUAUGGUGUGCCAAUAAACAGGUAUGGUGUGUCAAUAAACAGGUAUGGUGUGCCAAUAAACAGGUAUGGUGUGCCAAUAAACAGGUAUGGUGUGCCAAUAAACAGGUAUGGUGUGCCAAUAAACAGGUAUGGUGUGCCAAUAAACAGGUAUGGUGUGCCAAUAAACAGGUAUGGGGUGCCAAUAAACAGGUAUGGUGUGUCAAUAAACAGGUAUGGUGUGCCAAUAAACAGGUAUGGUGUGCCAAUAAACAGGUAUGGUGUGCCAAUAAACAGGUAUGGUGUGUCAAUAAACAGGUAUGGUGUGACAAGAAAAUGCAUUUUUUAAAAUAGGAAUACUUGGAGCUAAAACCUACCCAUUACAUGUGAGUUGAUGUUAAAUUUAACACAAAACCUAUUUUGCUUCACAGAGGACGGCAUAGGGUCUCUUCCAGAGCUUGACUGUCACUUUGAUGCCAUGAUGGGGAAAAUUGUGGAGAAAUCUUCGGUCUACCUGUACCCUUGUACCAUUGAGUACAGUCUUGUGUGUGCAUGUAAGUGUUACUCUAACAAAGGUUAGUUUUUUCUAACAUUAUUUCCCAGUAGGUAAGAUCUUGGAUAGGAAUUAUGUGUUCUUUUUUUUUUUAAACUUUGAAUUAACUUGACACAUUUUAUUUUCAUGGAUGUUUAGCCUUAAGCAUUAAUUCAUUACAAUUGCUAUCAUGACUAUUACAAUUGUUAUCACUACUUUUACUAUUGUUAUCAUGACUAUUACAAUAGCUAUCAUGAAUAUUAUUUCUUUUACAGAUUAAAUACAAUUCUACAUUGCUUCAAAUUUUUGUUUUUAAAUGUCUCCCUAUAAGGUGUACUUUAUGUAAUGUGGACAAACGUCGGAGACGUUGUCAGUGGCAAGCGGCUGCAGAGCAUCGAGACGGCUUCGGACGAUGGCCUGUCCCGAGACAGCACUGAGGAUGAGGAGGAGAAGACAAACAUUAUGAGUGUGGACUGCGCCGGCUCAAGCCGGGGUCUUUUUCUGGGCAUCUUUCUCUUUGUCAUCUGCGUCAUAUGUCUCAUCUGUUACUAUGUGCUAGCCAGCUCAGAGGAGCACAGGACUGCAGCCAUAGUUUUAAGUGGGUACCGUUUAUCUGCUGGCUGCAUCCAUAGUUUUAAGUGGAUACCGUUUAUCUGCUGGCUGCAGCCAUAGUUUUAAGUAGGUACCGUUUACCAGCUGGCUAUGUAUUGAAAUUAUUUUCUUCGACCUUAAUAGAGAAGGCUUUUGUUUGUAUUAGUCUGUUGUGCCUGGACAAAAACCAUAACAUUACAAACUGGCAAGAUACUAACCAACCUCGCAGUUGAAAGUAUAACACUAGCUAAGCUAACAUCCACGGGGGGUUACAGUAUAACAAUAGGUCAGCUAACAUCCACAGGGGCUUAAAGUAUAACUAUAAAUUACCAAACACAAUUUUUGUUAAAAGUAUAAAAAAAAUAGAUAAUCUCAACAGAAGAAGUUAAGCUAGGGCUUUAGAUAUAUAUUUUUUUUUCAAAUUGUAUCUGAUACACCUAAAAAUUUUGAAUUUAGUUGUUUUUUUUUUUUUAAGCUUCAGGAAAAUAAAUUUAUUUCUGGAAUCAGUUAAUGUAUUAUAUUUGUAGGUCCCCCAUUUCUGCUUCUUUCUCUGUUUGCUAAGCACUGAACCAGGAAUAAACAAACUUUGAUGGAUCCAUUUAUUUUGUUUCAGGUCAUAUCUCUGAGGAUAUCAUCUACGUUCUGGCCCUGGCAGCGACAUCUGUGGCCGCCUUCCACAUGCGACAGAUGCACUUCUCGUUUGCCAGGGAGGCCAGGAUUGAAGAGAUCCUCAUGUUGAUUUAAUUGUGAUAUGAUAUAUUGAAUAAGUAUGUGACUUUUGCAUCCUAGAAUUAUUGGGGGGGGGUGGGGGGGGGGGGGGGGGGGGGGGGCACUUGUUCAAUAUGCAUAUCUUUAAGUCCCAGUUGUAUGUAAGUUUUGACUGGUGUCAAGGGUAUGAGAAUCACUGUUGUUAUGUGUAGAUCAUUGUUUUCAUGUUUGAUAGGGAAAAGAUGUUUAGUUAGAGAUUUUAUGUGUAUCUGUAUCAUGGGUGUGAGAGUGUUGUGACAUAAUUGUGUAACGGGAUAUGACCGUUAGUUUUUGGUUGAUGUUGUGAUGGAGGAUUGAUGGCGGAUGUGGUAUUUUGACUGUUGGACUUGAGUUACUGUGUGUUGGGCUGAACAGAUUGAAUUAGUAAUCCAUAGUUGUGUCACAGCCCUGGUUUAGGGAAGUGUUCUUAAAUAAAUUCAUGUAUUGCAACGAACCGUGGAGUGUUUGUUGAAUUGGAGAGUAUUACGAUUGGUUGUGCUGUUCUGGGAUCAAGUGGGAGACUUGGCUGGAUGAGUAGACACUCAUUGCCAUGAGUGAAUGAUUUGCAACACAACAGAUACAACGUUUUGACAACUUGUAUCAUAGCGGCAAGAUGGAUGUCCUAAGAGUCAAUCGUGUGGACCUUUAAAAUAUGGUUCAAAGCUUGAGAUUCUUAAUUGUUUAUUUAAAAGUAACAAUCAUGAAAAUAUUGAAGUGCAUCACUGAAAGCAAAUCUAGAACAUAUUUUGUAGAUCUCCGUGAUUUUUUUUAUUCUGCAGGUCUGUUGAUCUAUGGCAUGUUCAGUAUUGUGGCUUCCCUGUUUUACUUGGACACCCUGGAAGGAGGACUGACCAUACUGACCAAUCUCCUCAUGAUGAUACAGUCGAGCACACAGGCCACUUUUACCUUGGCGGCGCUAAGGGCCUCUGCCUCACAUCGUUCACAGGUGACAAUUUAUGUUUCUUAUAAAGAAUUGUGGCCUCUCAAAGAUAGAACAGAGUGUGUACUAUAGUCUCUGAGGUCACUUUGUCUUUGCAGGUGUGUAUUCUUCCAUAUUUAUUAAUUAAUGAGUUUGCAGAUCACAUCAUACCAGUCUAGUCAGACUACGUACAGUACUUUAUGAGUUUACCUGGAUUGUGCAACAGGCUGUGGUCCAAAUUAAUUUCCGGUGUUUGUACACAAAAGUUCUAUGGCAUGGGCAUGGUACAUGAUGAUAAAAAUGAUAAUGAUAAUAAUAAUUAUAAUGAUAAUAAUUAUAUAAUAAUAAUAAUUAUUAUAAUAAUAAUAGCAAUUAUAAUAAUAUUAGCAUAAAGAUGGGCUGCUGGGAGUAACCAGGAUUUCUGUUGUAAAUGAAAGAUUUUAAAAAACGUUUUUAAGUAUCUUAUCAGGACACACAGGGAUCAUGGAUAUUUAUUUUAAUCUUACUACACAUUCAGAUAGAAGAUAAGCCAGGGAAACAGUAUGUGACAUUUUUACUAAUCGCCAACUUUGCCCUGUGGGCCAUCAACACAUUUGAGACACAGAGAAUGGAACACAAUGUUGUGCAGGUAGGCUAUCAUACCCCACUCCCCCACCUAACUGUUGCAUUGGGCACAUCUUUAUUUAUUUCUCCUGAAAUAUUUUAAGCCCUAUAAAAAUGUACCUUGGAAAUGUUGGCAAGGGAAGUUAGCAGGAAAUUUUAACAGGAAUGUUAGCAGGGAAUUUUUGUUAACAGGGAAUGUUAGCAGGGAAUGUUUGUUAGCUGGGAAUGUUUGCAGGGAAUGUUUGUUAACAGGGAAUGUUAAGAACAUCAAAGCCCUGUGAGGAUGCUAAAGUAGCACAGAUACAAGCGCUAUAUAAAUAUUCAAUUCAAUGUUAGCAGGGAAUGUUUGUUAGCAGGGAAUGUUUGUUAGCAGGGAAUGUUAGUAGGAAAAAUUAACAGGGAACGUUAGCAGGGAAUAUUUCUUAUCAGGAAUGUUUUUUAUUAGGAAAUGUUUACAGGGAAUGUUAGGAAUUGUUAACAAUGAAUUUUAUCAGGGAAUGUUAUCAGGGAAUGUUAUCAGGGAAUGUUAUCAGGGAAUGUUAACAGGGAAUGUUAACAGGGAAAGUAAUCACAGAGUGCUAGCAUGAAGUUGGAAAAUCAUUUUCGUUUAAAGUGUAACAUGACAAUUUACCAAAAUUUGUUGGAAGAAUUUAUUAAGGUUAAGAAAGUUGGAAAAACAUUAUUGCAUGUCAAAGUAAAAGGUUUUCUACAUUCAGUAGCAAACAGAAAAUAAAAUUGACACUAAUGAUCAAUGCAUGUGUUAGGUUGAAAUCCAAUGAACUCAAUUGUUAAAUUAAGAUACAUACAUGUGACUGAGUUCUACAUAAUUAUAGUAUCAGGAUAAGUUUAUUCUUCUGUCUAUAGAAUAGAUAGGAUCAAACAUCAUUUUUGUGUUAUUGUGACACAGCGAUAAAUAAAUCUAUAUAUUUGUUUGUUUUGCCUUUUCCAGGUUCAGUUUUAUGGCUCGACAGCAUGGGCCAUUUUCAGCCAUAUUUCUGUGCCUCUUGGAAUCUACUUCCGGUAAGCAUACAAUGCUUUAAGUCUUGUUAGUUUUUGGUCAUAUUGGGUGGCCUUUUUUUUUUUAUUAAGGUUAAUUAAACCUUUUUUUCUUUAAAAAUGUUUAGUGUUCUAUAACAGUGGUGGGCAAAAUUUUUGUGCGGAGAGUCAAAUUGACAAAUGUAAAGCUAUUGGGGGGCCGCAUGUAUAUUGUGUCCAAUUUGUACAUGUCGUAAACAUUUCUCUAUAUUAAAAUCAGUAAAUUCGCAUUUUAGCAUUACAUGACUAAAGUCAAGGACUGUUUAAAAAAUAGAUAAUAAGAAAGAAAUUUGAUCAACAAUGUUAAAAACAACCAUAAUUGUACAUGAAAUUCUGUAAAAUGCAACAAAAUAACUUAACAACAAAGUUAUUUUUUUUUUCUAAAUGCCUUCGAGGGUCGCAUAAUAUCAGUUGCUGGCCCGCAUAUGGCCCACCGGCUGUAGUUUUCCCACCCCUCUUCUAUAACAUCAAUGUUGGCAUAACUACUAAAGAAUGACUUUUACUCUACAAAAAACAUUUUCCACGAAAGAAAUAUUGAAAUGUCCUCAAAACCUUCCCAACUUAACUUCCUGCAUUGUCCAACCACUUCACCUUUGUUGGAUUUUUUUAAUGUUAUUUUUAACCACAUUUAAUUUAACUUUGCUUGAGUGGGAUUGUUUGACUGGUGUUGUUUCACAAUCAUUUCAGCACCAUUCAAUCUGUAUUAACAAUGAAAGAUCACUUCUCUGCUAUUUGACUAAGAUCAAAGCUUUCAAACUCACAUUGCGAUAUUUAGAUCUCUGCCUGGAAAUUUUUCUAGAAUAGCUUGUAGUCUAUUGUAGAAAACUUUAUUUUUUUCAACUUCCUUACUCUCGUUGCUGGGUGGCCAGGUUUGUAUUACAUGCAUAUUGAUUUUCUUCUUCAUGGUUCGGAAUGAUGCUGUAAAAAUUCUUGGACAAUGGGCUCCCCAUCCUAUCAAUGCCUCAUUUAUCAUCUGUGUCAUCAUGAAAGUGACUUAUUUGCAGUCUCGUACAUGGAUCUAACACUCGAUGAACCUGUGAAUACUGCCUUUGAAACGAGGGUCAUUUGAGGCUUCCAGAAUGACCUAGUUUUGGCUUCAUAACUCUUUUAUCAGAGCUGAAAUUGUUUCGUAUUUUCUUCUUGUCGACGUUUCUGUAGCAAUUUUUUUUUUGGAAAGGUUAGGUAGCUGGCCUUGAAAGGUUAGGUAGCUGGCCUUGAAAGGUUAGGUAGCUGGCCUUGAAAGGUUAGGUAGCUGACCUUGAAAGGUUAGGUAGCUGGCCUUGAAAGGUUAGGUAGCUGGCCUUGAAAGGUUAGGUAGCUGGCCUCCUGUGCAGACUGGAAAUGAUUCUUUUUUUUUAGCUUUGACUUGUUUUUCUCACCUACAGGUUCCACUCCACUGUGUCCUUGUCCAAUGUAUGGAAGAAAGCUUGGAAACAUAAACAUGCUCAGCACCAUAACCUACAUAAAGGACCACACUGACCCUGAUGCAGUGCCAUGACCUAUAUACAGGACCACACUGAUCCAGAUGUAGCACCAUGACCUAUAUACAGGACCAUGCUGGACCAGAUGCAAUCUCAAUUGAAAAGAAAAUGAAAUUGUGCCAAAUGAGUUCAAUGAAAGAAACAAAUGCAAGGGAGAAAAGUGUGAAUAUGCUAGUAGGCUUGAUUUCUUUAGAUUGUAGCCCUUUGUGUCUGCUCUUUUGUUCUUUUUUUUUUUUUAAAUGUGGUGUGACCAAGGGUCUCAAAUGUGAGGCCUGGCUGCCCUCCAAGCUUUGUCCAUGCAUUCAGCCAAGUGGGUUGGUGUCAUUAUUGUAUGAAAAGAUGAUGCUAAAUUUUAAGUAAGCAUGUUUCUUGGCAGGGC